AUGGACACAAUGUACUCAAACAUUAACCUGGCUUUAUUUUCAACUAAACAGAGUAAAAUCAUUGAGAACGGAGUAAAUAAAUACAGCACAAAAAUGAUUCUGUCAAAUAUUACAGAUGAAACAAUUACUAGUUUUAAUAAACGGACAUUGAAAAAAAAACCAAGCGUACAGUUUGAGAACACUAAUAACAACUUUUGCAGAGUUAUUAGUGCUCCUGUAAUGGUAUGUAAGAACAAUACAAUUAAAAGUAAAAGUGAUUUAAAUAUCGAUGAUUAUACCACAGAUAAUCAAACUGUUACAUUUAAAAACAUUGAAAUCGAUGAAGUUUAUAUUAAAACAGACAAUACAAAUGUUCAAAUGAAAACAACAAAUAAAAAGCAAAAAAACAUAUCAUUUUCAAAUGAAAAACUUUGGGAAAUUAAUAGGGUUAAUCAAAUUUUACAUAACAAAAUCACAAAUGGAGUGAAACCUACUUAUUCAAGGAUAAAACCUUCUACAUCAUUAGUUAAAGCCACAUCAACAAUUAAUCGAGAGAGAAAAAAUAAAGACAUUGUUAAGGAGAAUGAAGUAAGUUUUAAACAUUCAAAGGGUUUUGUUGAAAAAAUAAAUAAUUUAGUUUUAAAUUACACAAAUAAGUACCUAGGUCCCUAA